AUGAGCUCUUAAUCCAUCUUUAUUGGCAUCACAGUUGUGGCACCUAUUUUAAAUUAGAAAAGAUAUGAGUCAGUCUUUAAUGAGAUAUUACAAUAUUUAACCACUCAUUAGCAAGAUUUGAUAACCCAAGUUUAAAAUAACAGAUUUCUUGUUUUUUAAUCAUCAAAUGGUUCAAAUGGCGAUUAAAUUAUAUUGCCCAUUCAAUCAGCUUACUUGCAUACCUGCUAUUUCAGGAUUAAUACUGCAUUCUAAAUUACAUAAGAGGAUAAGAAAUUCGGCUCGAUAGCCUGGGAAGUAGUAAAUAUACUAAAGGAAAAUUUUCCAUCUAAAAUAUUUUUAUCUCAAGAAAAUUUAGAACUAUGCAAGCCAGUCUUUAUUCCACUAUAAUAAACUGAAGAACUAAGGAGAUAAAUAUCAUGUUUAAUGUCUAUUAAAGAUGAGGAUAGAUAUCUCACUCCAGAUGAGUUUGAAGAUGCUUGGAGUACUUUAUAAUUUGCGGAAAAAAUAAAUGAUCAGCGCUCCCUCAAUAUUUGUUUAGAACUCCUCAAUCAUCAGGUAAACAAUUGGUACUCGGUGAAAUAUAUUGUAGACACAGAUACACUACUCAGAAUUAUCAGCAAAAAUGAUUAUUCUUAACUAACCUCUAAUAAACUACUAGCUCAAGACUUACUAGACAAGGUCUAGAAUGCAUUGUCAAAAGAAUAAAACUCAGGACUGAUGAACAACAAUGAAACCUUUGAUAAAUAUUAAAAUGAAGACUCAUAAUCAUAAAUAUCAGACAACACUUGCUUGGACAUGAAGUAGUAUGAUUCUAAAACUGGAGCUGAGAAGCCUCUUUCAACAAGAAUGUGCUUGUUUUAGCUCACUGAAUCGAAUGACAUUAAUAGAGUGACUCAAAUUUUGUAGACAUUGUCUUAAAAAUCCAAGGAGACCUUGAACUAACUGAAAAGAAAAUACAAUUUUACUAGUAAAUUGACUAAUGUACUGAGAAAAUAUUGCAAUGCCGAGUAUGGAUUUGAUCAGAUUUCCUCUAGGCAUGGUACUUUUCAAUAUAAUCUUUCAAAACUUUUCAUAAUACUUUCCUCUGACUAUGUAGUAUUCCUAGAGUGCUUGCAGCAUUAGACUCUUGAUUUUAUGUCAUAGCUGAUCGAAGAAGGUGUAAUAUACGCAUAUGAAGAUGCUAUAUCUGGUGUAAACAACUACUCCAAUACUACGUAGAUUGGUGUACAAAAUAGUAACAAUCUAGCAAAUCAAGGAUUCAACCAGCCUUUAUUUAAAUUCCUUAAGUCCUCACUUGACUUCCUUGAAUUAGCCAUCUCAAAAAAUUAUCAGGAAUUUCUUCCAUAAAUUAGAGAUAACCUCAGGAAAAUUCAAUCAAGAAUGGUUAAGCUAGUCUAAAAGAGAGAAAAUCCUUUGUUAAACUAUUUUAUCCAGAACUAUACAGGUCAAAACAAUUAAUAGAAUCUAGAUGAAGUUGAAGAUGACCCUUCAAUUUAUAUCAAACCAUUAUAAUCAGAUUCAUAGCUUCUAAAUUAACUUUAGCAAUUGAAUGUAGACUAAUUAACUGAGCUCAAGACAAUAUCUUAAGACCUAUAUAUCUUCGCUGUCGACCUCAAUACCAAGGUAUAGAGAGUCGAAGCAUUAGUAGAUUUACAGGAAGAACACGAUGAAAAGUAUGAGAGGUUGUUCUAUUAGCUGAUUGGAAAUCCUUAAACUUUUAAGUAGGCUAAUUUAAAUGAAUAAGCAUAGGUCUACGAUAGAGAAAAGCAAAAAGCAUAAAAUUUAAAAGUAGGAAAUUAUAAUAACAAGGUGUAGUUUGAUCUUUAGGAGGAGUAACAAUAAUAUCCAUAGAAAUAGCCUAUCCUCAAAACCCAGAACAGUCUCAAGAAAAUAGACUAGAAUUAAAUCUAUGCAUCAAACGUAUCGCUACAAAAAGAAAAUAUUUUUAUGAGAAAUCAGUAUGAAGGGGGUUAUGAGAUUCCUGAGAAAUCUUAUAAGGAUAAAAACUAUAAUAUCAAUGAUAAGGAAAAUCGAAAUCAUUAUAUCGGUAGUCCUCUCAGAUAAUUCAAGAGGACAAAUACUGAUUAGAGAUAAGUAUCAACAAAGGACAUGAGAGAAUACUAUAAAUGA